GUCAACCGGGAAAGACGCGUGCUCGGCUUUCCCGUCGGUCGUAACGCACGUGCGUGGUCACGCGUGAUCUUACGAGUCGAACAAGUGGUUCCCACCCUCUCAGACUUCGCAUCGUGACCGACGUUGCACCCUUGAGCACCGUGCACGCUCAAAAAACAUUUCCCUCGACAGUUCGAAGGAAAACGAGCUGCAUCCCAUAAACAAUCGUCGCUUCGACGGAAGAAAGCAUUCGUAUCGAUUUCCACGAGUCGCCAACGUUGUUUACGAGUGGAAAUUCACAAAUUUUCCUUCUUCCGUGACUGUUUUAAACCGUUACGCAAUGAGCUAGAAGAAUGUGUUCCGAGUGCAAGUGCAGCUUAAAUCGAAUCUUCGCCGCGGUGAUCCCGAUGCAUCCAUCAAUUCAAAUGUCGCGAUUAUAGAAAGACGGUCGCGAGAAAGAUGAAUCCAAACGAAGUCCAGGAACUCCCGUGAGAGAAGUGCGGGAUAAAAAUGGAGUUCUGCAAACGAUACAAGCUUCUGCACGUUCUGCCGAGACCCGGAAGGCGAAUCGUUUGGUCGUGGCGAACGGAGAACGGGACGAUCGUCAGGAUCGCUGGGAACGAUGCGUCGAACGACUGCCCGGUCGAGGUGGUUAACGUUUUCAUCCCCGCGAUCGCCAUUUUGCUGGCGUUGAUCGUCUUCUUUAAAGGCAGAUGCGGCAGGAAACUUAAAGUAUCUAGGGAGCUCCUCUCGUUUCACACGAUCAGGACACUGUUGUGCAUGUUGAUCUUGCUGGUCCUUUUCCUGGAGGUCUGCGAGUCCUUUCUGACGACCACAUCCUUGUCGUCCAUUUUCACGAUUUUAGCGGUCCUCUGCUGCUGGAUCCUUCAUCGGCAAACAGAAAUCAACGGAGGCUACGGGAUCGCCUUUUCGGCGGGAAUCUUCGCCGCCAUUGGCUUGGCGCGAGCUUGGAAAUGCACAUACUUAUCUGGAUACGGUUUAUCCAUCGGACACGUUCGGUUGACGACCGGCGCGGCGUCCGCCAUUUUGUGCGGCUCCUUCGCCGUUCUGGAUUCCUACACGUUCUAUCUGACGACGAGACGCAGAAGAAGGUACUUGAUCAGACAGGACUUGGACGGAGCGAGGACCGUUUACAGGCACUCCGGGGCGCCAUUCAUCAGCAGAAUCACCUUCCACUGGGUGAUCAAUCUGUUGUCCAAGGGAUACGCCGCUCCUUUGGAGUCCCAGGACCUCGGGGAACUGCCCGUCGAAGAGUCCGCUGCGCGACAGUUCGAGAAGUUCAGAAGGGUUUACGAUCAGGAGAGGGGCAAAGCGAGAUUGUCCCUUUGGCGAUGUUUCUGGAAACGAGUAUGGCUCCCGUUCGCUGUCGGGGGCUUGCUGAAGCUGCUGGGAGACGCGACCACCCUUGUCGGUCCGAUGACCAUUUCGAAAAUCUUGGAUUACGUGUCUGCGUCUCAAAACGGAACUGUUCAUCGAUAUCAUCGGAGCGCCAUGACGUUCUCCGAGGUUCUCCAAAAUGGCUACUUCCUCGCUCUGCUCGUGUUCGUGUUCGCGUUGCUGCAGAGCACUCUGAGCCAGGCCUCCACUCACGUGCUCUGCGUCGAAGGAAUUCGUUUGAAAACUUCCCUUCAGGCGUUGUUGUACGACAAAGCGUUGCGCCUUUGCUCGUGGAGCAUAGACGACGACUGCGAGAAAGACGGUGAGCAACAGAAGAGUCAACAGACCGCUGACAUGGGGACCCUAACGAACCUCGUCUCCGAGGAUGCUUAUAAUCUAAUGAGUUUCUUCUGGAUUGGGCAUUACACUUGGGCCAUACCGUUGAAGAUCACUGUCAUCGUGUUCCUUCUCUACACGAAGCUAGGCAUCAGUGCCAUCAUCGGCGCGCUUUGUUGCAUUCUACUGGUUACCCCUAUGCAAUUGCUUCUUGGGAAGAAAAUGUCGGAGAACUACAAGUCCAUUACAAAUAGAAGCGAUGCGAGGCUUCGUCUGGUCAACGAGGUGCUCCAGGGGAUGAAGCUGGUGAAACUCCGAGCCUGGGAGGACAUUUUCGAGAAGAAGAUCAGAGGGACGAGGAACGAGGAGCUGAAGAUGCUGGACAAAGACUCCUUCUAUUGGACUCUCAUCAAUUUUCUCUCGCAUGCUUCUUCGGUCCUCACCACGCUCUUCACGUUCGGAGCCUAUUAUUGGUUGGAGGAUCGUAGUCUGGAAGCUGGCAACGUUUUCGCGAGUUUGGCCCUGUUCUCGCAGCUCACCGUGCCUCUUCUGAUCUUUCCUGUGAUGAUACCUAUCAUCAUCAAUGCUAUGGUGUCUACAACCAGAAUGGAAGACUUCCUUCAGCUCCCAGAAAUGGUGAACGUCCUGCCGGAUCCCAGCGACGGCAGGUCCGACAACAUCGACAACACGUCCUCGCGGACCAAUUCCAUGGACGAAAACACUGCAGCAUCGACGAAGGUGCACAGCGCAGCGACCUUCGGAUCGUUAGACAACAUCGAGGAGGACGAGGAGGACGGACAGUCCUGCGGUUUCAGGGAAUACAACCCCGAUAUCGGCUCCUCUACGGACACAGUGUUCGAGAAAGAUCCUGUGAUUCCGGUACUCCGAAUGGAGUCCUGCGUGUUCUCCUGGGGCUCCGAAGAAGGACAGCUGACGAUCCGGGAGCUCAGCUUUCCUAGCGGUCAACUGACGAUGAUCGUUGGAAAGACGGGAAGUGGAAAGACCUCUCUGUUGUUAGGGAUGUUAGGCGAGAUCCAGAGAACCUCGGGAACCGUCGAAUGGAUCAAGGGAUCGAGGAUAACGUAUGUAGCUCAGAGACCCUGGCUACUAAACGCUACCUUAAGGGACAACGUCCUUUUCGGCUCGGCUUACAAGCCGAGGAGGUAUCGAAGCGUGUUGAAGGCUUGCGCGUUGUUGCCGGAUGUCGAGAUACUUCCUGGCCACGACUUCACGCGGAUCGGCGAGAAGGGGAUCAAUUUGAGCGGAGGUCAAAAGCAGAGGGUUGCUAUAGCUAGAGCGAUUUACAGUGACGCGGACGUUGUUAUCAUGGAUGAUCCUCUGUCCGCGUUGGAUCACCAGGUUGGCCAGCAGAUCUUCGAUCAGGGAAUCCGGAAGCUUCUUCUAAGAAGCGGGCGCACUGUGAUCAUGGUCACUCAUCGGUUAGAAUUGUUGUCCACUGCUCAUCAAGUGAUCGUGAUGGACGACUGUCAAGUCAGAGCUACAGGCACGAAGGCUACCAUCGAGAAUUCGUAUCCGGGCAUUGCUAGUGAAUGGAGGGAAGCUGCGACGAGACACCACGACGAACGUCGACCUCACAGACCUGCCAAGGACUGGUGGUCCCUGCUUAGACUGGUUUCUAGAAUCGGCAUCAACGUGAGGAGCAAACAAGCCACUGAUGGCUCGUGGAUCACUGAACAGGGAGCUCACGUAAAUCCACCGGUUUUCGUGCCGCUCAGAAUGCAGAGAACCACCCUUUCCGGGUCGAGAUACCUGGCCCCCGACCUCACGGACCUCCCAGUGUCCACGGAGGAGUGGAACGUCGCGAAAAAGCAAUCGAAGUCCCAUCGAAACGCCGCUAGGUCGAGCAGUCUACAGCCGCAAAGGCGACCACCGCCCGUCCUCCGUCAAAGUAGCACUCCAACGAUGCUCGAGAGCGGAAACAUUAUACCUAGGAAGAGGAACAACACGUUCGUUGGGGAACAGACAAGUGGUGUAUUCAGGCAGAUAUUCUCUGGCAGAAUUGUCAGUCCACACCCUGACGAAAUGAACAGAGACAAGAGCGUUCUCCGUAGGUUGAUGCCGUCCAAUUCUAGCAAACAGAUGCAGUACAACAUCAAAAGAUCCAAUCGAAUACAAGAGGACAAUCACCUCCCAGUGGAAAGAUUAAUAUCAGUGGAAUCCAAGGGAACCGCGGAUACCAGUGACACCGAAGAAAAGUGCUACGAUGUAGAGGACCACGAUGAAUCCCUUUACGAAGACAAUAGCGGAAUGGUCACUAGAAUGAUUUGCAUGGAUUACUCGAAAGCUGGGGGAUGGAUACCUGGCCUGAUUUACGUGGGCAUGGCAAUUCUCUGUCAGAUCGUCCGCGUGUACACGGACCUCUGGCUCAGCCGAUGGACGGACCAGGAAAGGGACACUUGGACUCGUGGAGAGCAAAACAUGACGUGGUUCUACUUCAGGGUCUACCUGAUCCUCUCCGCAGCCUCCAUACUUCUCUCUUUCGCGUGCAAUGCAGUUGGACAAUGGACAGGAGCUAGAGCGAGAAGAAAACUCCACGAAGAAGCGAUCUGCAGGCUUCUAAGAGUACCUCUGUCGUUUUUCGAGUGCAAUCCCGUGGGGAAAAUUUUGAACAGAUUCAGCGCUGACAUAGGUGUCAUCGAUAAGAAAAUAUCCACGUCGAUCCAAAGGCUGACCUUCUUCGUUCUGCUGUGCGGUUCGGCGAUGACAGUGAACGUGAUCAUUUCGCCGUGGUUUCUCGUCGCUGCUCUGCCAACUUGCGCCGUCUACUAUCUCGUCCAAAGGUUCUACAGGCGAAGCGCGAGGCAUCUGCAGCGUCUGGACGGCAGUACUCGUUGGCCAAUCGCGACUCACUUCUCGGAAACCCUGAGCGGCCUCGCCACGUUGAGAGCAUCGAAGCAAGAGAAUCGAUUCAUGGCCCAGGCUACGAAGUGCUUGGACACCAACACGAACGCUUUUCUGCUGUUGAACGCGAGCAGUCGGUGGUUGGGGAUCGCUUUAGAUUAUUUGGGCGCCAUUAUAGUGGUCACGGCAACGUUCGCCGCGUUAAUAUCCGCAGAGCUCUAUCCAAACCGGGUGACACCUGCUCUAGUCGGUCUGGCGAUUAAUUACACUCUCCUGGUGCCAAUUUAUUUGAACUGGGUGGUGAAAUUCACCGCGGAGAUCGAGAUGUACAUGGGCAGCGUUGCCAGGAUAUCCGCUUACAGUCACGCAGACAUUGAGAAUUAUCAAGAGGAAGGAUUCCAAGUGCCCGAAGACUGGCCAAGCAAAGGCGAAAUCGUCUUCGAUAACGUUUCAUUGAUGUAUUACUCGCAAAGAGAACCGGUGAUUACUAAUUUGACUUUAAAGAUUCCUGCAGGCCAAAAGAUCGGCGUUUGCGGGAGAACCGGAAGCGGCAAGUCCUCCACAAUGAUGUCCCUCUUUCGAUUAGUGGAAAUCAUUGAAGGUACAGUUUUGAUCGACGGAGUGGACAUUCGCCAGGUGCCUUUGAGGCUGCUCCGCUCACGACUUUCAGCGAUUCCUCAGGAUGUGAUCAUGUUCGGUGGUACCAUUCGGGAGAACUUGGAUCCACUUUCCGAGCACGAGGACCAAGAACUUUGGACCGCGUUGGAGGUGGCGCAGAUUAAGGACACGGUAGCUGCACACCCUGAAGGACUCAGCUUCGAGGUGCGAGAAGGUGGGGAAAAUUUCUCUUCGGGGCAGCUGCAGUUGCUCUGCAUGGCCCGCGCGAUGCUCCGGAAGUCCUCGAUCGUCGUUCUCGACGAGGCGACCAGCGCGCUCGACGCGGCCACCGAGAAGUCACUGCUGAAAACGGUUUCGACCGCUUUCGAGAACCGAACGGUGAUCGUUAUCGCGCACCGGGCGGCCGCUCUGCUCGAUUGCGACCGAAUAAUCGUCUUCCACGAGGGGAGGAUCGUCGAAGAAGGCUCGCCAAUGGAACUGUCGAGGCAACGAGACGGAUUCUUCGCGAAUAUGCUGAAAUCCAGCAAACGCAAAGAAGAAGAAAGUGUGAAACGAGUCUGCCUGCGACAUGAACAGGACGAGGACUACGCGAUGAGGUUCUCGUGUUUCCCGAGGCCGAACAUCAUGGGACAGAGGGGUAGCAUCAAUCUCGCCCCUCUGCCUAGGAAUGACGAGUCGAACAACGUCGUUGGUAUCAGUAUAAACGGAAGUACGAAGAGUCCAGUGGUGUCCAGCUAUAAGCAACCUGGGGAACCAGAUCUGAGCCAUGGCGUGAUACGUCCUUUACCUACCGCCACUGUGACUAAUGGUACGGGACCACCCCUAAACUCCGGUGGCAAAAGCAAAGCACCGCCUCCACCCCAACGAAGCCCCAGUCCUCUUCCCACGCACCCAGAAACCGAUCAAGAGGAUCACAGCAAUCUAAAUGACUCUGAUCAGCCAGUCAACAACCCCAGGGGCGGCGUUAUCGGCAGAACACCGACGCCACCCUCUGCGCCAACCCCCGUUUACGACAAGGACACCAAGAGCAGACGACAAAUCAAGAGAGCCAUUUUGGAGAACGAGUUCCUCGGUAAUCUUGAAGAGAAUCAGGUGGAGGCUGUGGUGUCCGCGAUGUACCCGAAGCAGAUACCACCGAGUACAUUGGUGAUUCGAGAAGGAGACAUAGGGUCGCAUCUUUACGUCUCGGCGGAGGGUGAGUUCGACAUCUAUCAGGGCAACAAGUUCCAAAGAAGCUUCGGCCCAGGCGUCGCCUUCGGAGAGAUCGCUCUGCUUUACAAUACGAAACGACUUCGUUCCAUCAGUGUGAAGAAAGGUGGAAAGGUCUGGGUGCUCGACAGAUCCGUGUUCCUCACUAUCAUGAUGAGGACAGCCCAGGAGAGGGUGGAAGGCAACGUCCGGUUCCUCCGGCAGGUCUCCGUUCUCCAGAAGCUGCCGGAACCUAAGGAUCAUCUGCUCGCUAAGAUCUCCGAUCUGAUACGCGUGGAAUUCUUCUGUUCCGGUGCCAAGAUCGUGACGCAAGGGGAGAAGGGUGACAAAUUCUACAUAAUCAGCGGAGGGAACGUCAGGAUCACGAAGAACACGGAGUACGGGGGUGAAGAAGAGUUGGUGGUGCUCGGGAAAGGUCGGUACUUCGGUGAGAAGGCUCUUUACGACGACGAAGGUGACAAUCGACGGCACGCGAACGCCAUAGCCCUCGCACCUGGGGUCGAGUGUCUGACGCUGGACCGAACUUCCUUCUUGAACUACCUGGGAGGUCUCGACGAGAUACGGAACAAGGACUGGGUGGAGGAAUACGAGAAGCAGAAGAGGUCCCUAACGCCCAGGAACUGGACCCACGAGUACUCGAAUAUCACGCUGGCUGAUUUAGAGACGAGGGGUACUUUGGGGGUAGGAGGAUUCGGCAGAGUCGAGCUGGUCACUCUGAAGUCGGACCACGAGAAGAGCUUCGCGUUGAAGAAGCUGAAGAAGAAGGUGAUGGUCGAGCAACAGCAACAGGAACACGUGUUGAACGAGAAACACAUUAUGCAGGCCUGCGAUUCGUCGUUCAUAUGCAAACUCUACCAAACGUACAAAGACAGCAAAUACGUUUACUUCUUGAUGGAAGUUUGCCUCGGCGGUGACGUGUGGACGGCGCUUCAGAAGAGGCGAUACUUCGACGACGUGACCGCGCAAUUCAUGGUUGGAUGCGUGGUGGAGGCUCUCGAUCAUCUUCACUCGUUGAACAUCGUUUAUCGGGAUCUGAAACCGGAGAACCUUAUGCUGGACUCUCGUGGAUACUUGAAGCUUGUUGAUUUCGGGUUCAGUAAAAAGAUUGGACCAUCCAAGACUUGGACCUUCGCUGGCACGCCUGAAUACGUGGCGCCGGAAAUUAUAUUGAACAAAGGACACGACAGGGCGGUGGACUACUGGGCCCUUGGAAUACUGACUCACGAGCUGCUGGUCGGCAAACCACCUUUCCGAGGCACGGACCACAUGACCACUUACAACAAGAUUCUGAAAGGUAUUGACGUGGUCGGUGUACCGAACAUUGUCACCAAAAAUGCGAACAAUCUGAUCAAGAAGCUUGUUCGCUUGAACCCCUCGGAACGUCUCGGUUACCAGAGAAACGGUAUUCAGGAUAUUCGAGAUCACAAAUGGUUCCAUGGAUUCAAUUGGCAGGCCUUGCAAAGAUUGGCUUUACCAGCGCCGAUCGUUCCUACGGUGCGAAGCCAAGUCGAUACGAGGAAUUUCGAGAGGUAUCCGCCGGAACGUAAUAUUCCUCCCGACGAGACCUCUGGAUGGGAUGUGGACUUCUAACGAGCGAUCGUACAACGAUCGUACAACGCAAUCUAAUGUGCCUUAACCGUCAAUUGAAUGAUAACAGCGUCGACCACCGGAAGUCGUAUAAAAAAACUUCGCCGACUACUCGAUUAUUCGAUAUCUAAUUGAUUACCGCGAUGGAAUGUAACAAUUCAGCUUUGUGUUCGAGCUCCUCAGCCGACCUACAUCAAGACAAAAAUGAACUGUAAUCGAAAACUUUUACGCCGAUCGAAAUCCGAAUGAUACUCCGCGACGAUAUCGAUAUUUAUAACCCUCCAAUGUUACUUGAAUUGAGAAUAAAUUUAUACUUGAGUUAAUAAAAAAGAAAUCUAUGGUAGAGUUUCAUUCUAUGAUCCUUCGCGGAUCCUUCGACAGUGUACGUGACAAUUAACAUGUACGUUCAAUUGGUAUUACCCUGUCACACAAUGAACUAGAUGAAUGAUUUCCCGAUAACUGGGAAGAAAAAUGCAUUGCUAGAUUGUACAUCAGCCGUCAAUGAUAACGUAUUUAUCAACUACAGAUGUUAUUACCGAUUAAUCAUAGUAGGAUUCAUCGGAGAUAAGAUUGAACGAAUUGCAAUAGUUGGCAUUAAACGGCAGUACGCCAUCAAUUCUUAACGCGUUGAUCGCAAGAAAAUAAUAGCCGGACGUCAUUCGCGAUUUGUGCUUGUCAAAUCCGAUGGACUAUCCCUGAAGGAGUCGCUCAUUGAGAG